AUGCCUCGUGAAAAGAACACAGGUGGCAGUAAGCCAGCAGUCUCGAUCGACUCAGUUACAGGUGGGGUUUCCGGACUCAAAAUCCAAGGAACCAAAUACAAUCCUUCUCAAGUCGGCGCUAGUACCGCAUACAGUCGGUUUGCUGGUACUAACAAUACCGGAUACAAUCCCAGACCUUAUGCAGAUAGGCCGCACACUGCGGACGAAUUCGAACAGGGAACCAUAAUCCGGACGCCUCAUCUCGUGCCGCGGCUUAACCGGAACCCUCCCUCGGGAGCCGAGUCGCGGCAUGUGCUGCAAAGUGCGGUAGGAGACAUUCUGAUCAAGGAGCGAUAUUUCAUUGUCCUUGUCAAAUUCCCCACUCACAUGCUGGCCGUACCCAUUACCUCAUGUGGGGACCGAGGGAUCGGGCAUCUACGCGAAGACAUACGGUCCCAAUACAUGGCUAUUCGGGCGCUCGAGGAUACCAAGUACGUCAACACUACCAAGUACCCUGCCCUGGUAGUCGAGUGGAAGAAGUUCGAUCUUAUGGCAACUUCCUACGUUCAAACCACAUCCCCGGUCACGGUGAGCUACAAUUUCAAGAUAGAGGAUGUGGGUUAUCUCGAGGGAAAGAGCUACGAUACGCUGGCUGCUAACUUUAGGGGCCAGCUGAACCAGGCUUUCAAGAAGCCGUAG